CUUUCUCUCUCUAUCUUCCCCUUCGAAUCACGCUCUCUGCUCACUCUCCCUCUCCUCGUCGUCGAGUCACGGUGGUGAUCGGAGAAAUGAAUAAGAAACCAGAAGAUCCUUACGUUCGCGAUGCCGAGAAGCCAUGGUCCCUCGCAGAUUUCGAGAUCGGGAGACCGUUAGGUAAAGGCAAAUUCGGCAGAGUCUAUCUCGCUCGCGUAGCCAAGAGUCACUUCGUGGUGGCGUUGAAAGUGAUAUUCAAGGAACAGAUCGAGAAAUACAAACUCCAUCACCAGCUUCGGAGAGAGAUGGAGAUCCAAACGAGCCUAAGACACCCCAACAUCCUCCGUCUCUUCGGUUGGUUCGAUGACGACGAGAGGAUCUUCUUGAUUCUCGAGUACGCUCACGGUGGUGAGCUCUACGGUCUGCUCAAAGCGAAUGGUCAUCUCUCCGAACAACAAGCCGCCACUUACAUUUCAAGUCUUAGUCAAGCACUGGCUUAUUGUCAUGGAAAGUGUGUGAUUCAUAGAGACAUCAAGCCUGAAAACCUAUUGCUCGAUCACGAGGGAAGGUUGAAAAUUGCAGAUUUUGGGUGGUCAGUGCAGUCAAGUAACAAGAGGAAGACAAUGUGUGGGACUUUAGAUUACUUAGCACCUGAGAUGGUUGAAAACAAAGAUCAUGAUCAUGCUGUUGAUAACUGGACUUUAGGGAUUCUGUGUUACGAGUUUCUCUAUGGUAGCCCUCCAUUUGAAGCGGAGAGCCAGAAAGAUACAUUCAAGAGAAUUGUUAAGAUCGAUCUGAGUUUUCCUGAUACACCAAAUGUCUCUUCAGAAGCUAAAAAUCUAAUCAGUCAGCUUCUUGUUAAGGAUCCUUCCAAAAGACUCUCUCUUACCAAGAUCAUGCAACACCCCUGGAUCGUCAAGAACGCAGAUCCUAAAGGUGUAUGCCUUUUCUGAUGCUAUUCACCCUCUCUCUGGACAAGUGGCUUAUAAUCUAACGAUGUGGGGAGAAAGACUUGGAAGUUUAGAGAAAGCAUAUUCCUAGAUGUAUGUUGUCUCAUUUCAGCACAACAUAAUCUAACUGACUUUUGUGUCUUAAUAUUCUUUUGAGUUCUU